AUGUCGACAGAGGACCAGUUCAAGUCAGGCCACUCGGUGCCGGUAACGCACCAGGAAUUCCCCGGCAAGGAGGGCAACCUGCCCAUCCAGGCGCAGUACGACACCUUGCCUGACUACAAGGGCGGCAAGCAAAAAUAUAAGGCCGCCGGCAAGCUUCAAGGCAAGAACGCCAUCAUAACCGGUGGCGACUCUGGUAUCGGCCGCGCGACGGCGCUCCUCUUCGCUAUGGAAGGCGCAAACUCGCUGAUCGCGUACCUGCCCGAUGAGGAGGAGGAUUCGCAGGAGACGAAGAAGCUGGUCGAGAGGCAGGGACAGAACUGCCACCUAAUGGCACUGGAUCUGACGGAGCGCAAGAACUGCCAGAAGGUUGUGGACGAGGCGGUCGAGAAGCUGGGCGGGAUUGAUAUCCUAUUCAACAACCAUGCAUACCAGAUGAUGGUUGAGAAUAUUGGCGACUUAUCCGAGGACCAAUGGGUACACACCUUCAACACCAACAUCCAUCCCUUUUUCUACCUCUCCAAGUACGCCCUUCCACACAUGAAGGCUGGCGCUACCAUCAUCAACAACGCCAGCAUAAACGCCUAUAUCGGCCGUCCGGAUCUUUUGGACUAUACAUCUACCAAAGGAGCUAUCGUCUCCUUCACCCGAGGAUUGAGCAACCAGUACGUCAGCAAGGGCAUCCGUGUCAAUGCCGUUGCACCGGGACCUGUGUGGACGCCCCUAAUCCCCGCUACCAUGAAUGAGGAGGCACAGAAGCAAUUUACAUCGCCUAUGGGCCGGCCGGCACAACCUAGCGAAAUUGCUGCGUGUGUGGUGUUCUUGGCGUCGGCAGAUAGCUCGACGCUCAGUGGCCAGGUUAUUCACUGCAACGGAGGCGUUAUUGUGAACGGCUAA